GUCUUUCUUUCUCUCCUCGAAGAAACUCAUCUGCGGGCUUCAACUCUUUUCGGCUGACACCACAGCCACCUUCUUCUUCACUUUCGUCUUUCCCCCUCAGCUCGCGACCUGUCUUGGCUGCUUUUAUUUGACACCCCGUAAGACGUCUCGACACACCGCCGGUUCCCGCAAUCAACUCCCUGCGUCGAGUUUUUUCCUGCGUGAAAUUGGAGAAAAAGCUUUUUCAAAGGAAUUAUUGCAUGCGCCUUCUCGCUCUAAACAUCUUCUGCGGAACUUGCAGCCAACCUAAAAAGCGGCUUGGCAAGACACAACCCCGCCUCCGCCGACGCGCUCCCAGUUUCUUAGUUGAGUCCCGGUGAUUUGUGUUGAGGUCCCUCGCGUCUCUCGAACUUUAGAACUUCAAGAAGGACAUAUUUCUCACAUCGCAAGUCUCCCAGCUCUUUUGCACUGCCGGCUCUCGGCUGCUGUUCUUUUUAAAUCCGGUGCCUCUGCAGAAAGGUGUCUUUGCGGCCAGCGCUUCUCUUCGCCGACUGAUUUUCUGGUUCUUUAAAGACAAGAACGAAGGCUCUGCAAAGCGUUUCAUAAGUUUCAUCUUCUCUCCAAAGCAAGACUAGGGAUUACCGCUCCCUUUUUCACUUUGAACGAGACUCAGGCGAAUCGCAGCUCGGGCUUGUCGGCCUUCGAAGGAACGUCGUUGUUAUUUUCUGCAACCUUCCUCUUGUCUGCGGAGCCUCGGUUUCUCUGUGCAUUUCCUUUCGAGACAAGCCAGACUUGCGCAAAGACGCCUACUGAAAGAAAGCGGCGAGGAUCCUUGACACCACGCUUCUCUGCUGUUUCUCCCCUUUCCUAUCUUGUGUGUCUGUAGAUAUCCCCCUGUUCGAGUGAACCACAGGAAGCAAACGUAACUUCGCUUUCACUGGUCCGUCACUUUACUCGAUUCAGUGAUCACGGUUCCCCUUCGGCUUCCCCCUCUGUUUGUCGCUUCCUCGCAAGGGUGGCUGCGCAGUUCGUCUCGCGUUUUGCCCGUUUGACGCGACGCUUUUCCGAGCUCGCUAGCAAGCGUUUCUGCGUUUCUUGAAAGGAUGGACGAAACCACGGAAGACACACAACCUGCUACGAGGGAGGUGGAGGCGAAGUCGCCUUUGACUUCUGCCUUCAGGGACGGCGAAGUGUAUCCGGCGAAAAGUGGAGUCACCGACGCAGAUCUCCGAUUCGCAAGUGGCGACAAACAGACCUGUGCUUCAUCUCGUUCGAGUUCGACGCCUUCUUCUCUUUUCGAAACUGUCAACUCGGAGACGAGACACGGUGCCUAUGAAGACCUCAGAGUACAUGUAGAAGACAACGACAGCCCACCUGAGCUCCACGCGUCUUGCGACUCUCCCCGUUUCCAGUUUCUGCCUUCUUCUCCGUCAGAUACAGCCUCUCUCCUCUCUGCUUCGCCGUCAGAGUCCUCGCCUCUCCUACAUGAAGUCGACGCCUCGGCCUGCUCCAGCUCAGAGCCGGGCGUCGGCCUCAGCCUUCGAGAAGCCGGAAGCGAGGAGACAUCCGAGGGUGAGUUCGCUUUGGGGGAACGCACGCAGCCUUCGCGCGAUGGAGGCGACAGCUCGCUCUUCAUCUCGUUUCAUCGUCUAGAACGUCCAGAAGCCUUUCCACAGGGGGACAAGCCACGAUCGCCUUCGACGCCGGAGCCUCUCGUCUUAGAUCUGCGCGCGUCGAUUCCGAAUCGAGGACCGUCUCACGAGGUCGAUCCUCCUCGGGGCAUAACGGAGACGCCCGGCUCAGAUAGACGUCGUUCUCUGUCCUCGGAAUCGCGACCUGAGUGCCCAGUUGCGGCACAGCUCCAAGGCGAAACGCCAGUAGGCGAGGAAACAGUCACUUCCGAAAAUAUCCCUGGCGAAUCAGAAGAAACACCGCAUGCAAUUGCGGCUGAGAAGAACCAACUCGCUUCGCUUCGAGCGGCUGGCCCCACCCAGCGCCUCCCCCGGAGUGCCUCUUUGCUGGGGGAAGAGUCUUUGCCCCCCGAGGUACGUCUGACAGUGAAUUUGCCGACGCAGCUGGAGGGAAAGUUCCAGCGAAUGGCGAUCUGCACGCUGCCGUGCAUGCAGACGUUCGAGGCAUCGUCUCUCCAGUUCCCUUUUUCGGUUUCUCUGCCUCUUCGUCGCGGAUUCUUCUCUCGGCCAGGGACGACCGAGGACGGCGACUCCACAGGGAGGCAAGGAGAGCAGCGAGUGGGGAGAAGAGAAGUAUCGAAAAGCCAGGUGGAGUCGAUUCAUGACCGACUCGGCGGCAGAAACGUUCGGCGGAAGAGCUUUUUAGACAGGAAAGAUGAAAAAAAAGAGGAGUCGAAACAUUUCUUUACGACUCUCAUUCGCAUUGUGGUUUUCUGUCACACGUCCAAGGCAAGUGGACUUUCUCCCCAGUGUGGACAGCCUGCCCCUCCACUGUCUGCCGUGAGUCGAGAGACUCUUGCGACUGCACCCGAGUCGGACGAGUCGCCUCUCGAAGUUGCAGCUCAAGGUGGAACUCCUCGCCUCGCUGCGUCGGCGUCGGUCCUGCCGCAGGCGACGCGACAGAAGCAUCUCAACACCGGGACUGUCGCUUACUACGUCACGGUGCCUCUGAAGGCUUUGCUUGCGAAAGGCGGAGCAGAGAGGCGAGGCACUGUCUGGCUGGCGCUGAACAGAGCUGAGGGGAAACUUGCUCCUUUAACUCCUUGGCAAAUGGACUUUUACAACGAGGGAUUUCACCGGGCGUGGAGUGCUGGGAUGGAUCUCUGCCGACCGAAAGUGUCUGUCUCCUUCGAACUCGAAAACGAAGCAGAUCCGACCCAUGUUCCGUCGCAGCAAGCGCGCGCAUGUCUCGCGAAACGCAUGCAUCAGCUCGAGAGGGAACUCGACCAGGUGUACCGACAGGCCGACGCCGAGGUCCAGCGGUACCGACAUGCGCUCAAGGCUGCGGAGGAGCAGAAGGGGAAAGUGACAUCUUUCCUUCGGGACUUUGAGUCUCCCGCUUUCAAACAGAUGGAAAGCGAAUGCGUCCGCCUCCGGAGGCACGUGAAAGAACUUGAGGAGGCUGCUCACACCACCCAAUCCGAGACACGAGCGACGAUUCAGAAACUUCAACAUGAACUGAAAACGGCACGACUUCUCCUCCGAUCAAACUCCCGUCGAAGCUUCGUCUCUCCGUCGCCUUCCCUGUCUUCCGAGCCUCACGCCACACCCCAUUCCGGUCUUCUCCAAGGCGUCUCAGGGGCGUCAAGCCCCCCAGGAGCUUCUCGAGACUCAGACCUCGCUUCUGUCCACUCGCUUGGCUCCUCAGCUUCUUCGCCGGGUCUCGCGCCGCCAUUGGCAUCUAGGUUUAGCGCGCGAUCCAUAGCGAUUUGGAGAAAGAAACUGUCUGAUCUGGAGGAGCGGAACGCGGUGGCGAAAAAGGAGAUCGAGGAGGCGGAGCGACAGAAAGAGGCUCUUCGCAUUGAACUCCACAUGGCCAGACGAAGUCUCGAGACCGAACGCCGACGAAGCCUUCUCCAGAGGAAGGCCCUCGAAGAGUGCCGCGCACAGCUAAACGCUAGUGGCCAUGCCUCCACCUUCGAUGACGUCGAAAAGAAAGACGACGUCCGGCCUGAACUCUUGCAGAAAGCGUCAUCAGAACAGAACUCCACUGUCGAGACAUCUGGAACAUCGACUGACGAAGCCAGUGAAACAGGGAAAGCCCCCAGAGGUGAGGCCCUCCGAACAGUUUCGUCGGGGCCUUCAGGUCGAGGUGUCUCCGCCGCGCCCCCGAUCCCGCCUUCUUCUCACGAGCAGCGUCUGCGGUCUCAACGGCUGUCUCUGGGUCUGCCUUCUCGGACCUCUCUGGAACCGUCGCUUUUCCACGGCGACUCGCGUCUGGGCAGACGCGGAUCUCUUGCCCGGGAGUCCUCCUUCUCCUCGCUCUUCCCUUCGCUCGCGGCCUCGCUUACCGGACCUCGCGUAGGGCCUGGGUGCGGGACGCACACUGCGAGGCGAGCAGCGAACACUCAGCGCAUGCUGCUCUCUCGAGUCUCCAAAGAAGAGAAGCAAAUGCUCCACGAACUGAAGAACGCGGCUCUGCAGGCAGUGCCUUCGCUCCAGGCCAUCGCCAAAGCGCAUGCAGUCGCUGCGAAGGAACGGCGGGAUGGGCUAGCCAAGAGGUCCCGCGCCAGACAGGCAGCGGCCGCCCAGGCCCAGAACAGCGAGAGGGGGCAAGGGGAGAAAGAAGGGGGAGACCAAGCCGAUGGAAGAACUCCAAAAUCUGUGGGACUUCGCAGAGAAGAAACAGAGUGCUCGUGGACUUCCGAGGAGGAGGACAACGGAAAUACUCGCUCGAGGUCUUCGUCGCACAGCCAGUCUCGCACGCGACCCCGUCGCCAGGUGCGAAUCUCGAGACGGGACAGACACGAAAGGUUUGCAUCAUCGGAGGAGAUGGAAGAGACUUUCAAGGGAAAAGGACUCCAGAGCAGGCAACUGCGUCGAGGCCACAAAGGCAAGCGCAGCGAGAAAGCCUCGCAUGAAGGCGAAGCCUCUGAAUCCGAGGACCGAUCCGAGAAUGCAUCCAUCACUGACGGCCUCAAGCGACGCCUGACCCGGCCGACCGUCUCCUGCCGCGGACAGGGUAAGAGAACCGGACUUCCCAAACGCCCCGUCACCCUCGCUCCUGUCUCCGACGCGUCUGGGCCAGCCGCCUGUGAAGCGAAAGUCUCGCCUGGCAAUCUGACCGGAAGUGCACGGAGUUCGCUGGGGUCGAGUGGCGGCUCUCAGCCCCUGGCCUCUCGCGACGAAUCCCUCCAAGCUUGCAUGGAGGCCGCCGGCGGCAGGGGGACUCUGCGGCUCUCCAUUCAGAGCAUCUCCCCGUGGUCACUGCGACGCGUAGGUCGGAACGUCAAACGCACCGCGUCUGAGGAGGCCUUGAGGAGACGGCAAGCCCCGCCCUCUGCUCGGCGGGGGCUUUCAGGACUUUCCGCGGGCACACGGACUUCGGCUGCGAUAUUGAAGGCCCCGGAGAAGGGUCCGCGGCUCUUGAAGCUCGUCCGGAAAGGCGCGCGGGGCAGGGCGAAUCCCCGAGGUAUUUCCGCGCGCAAGCCUAGGAGUGCUCGACCCUCUAUGCGGAUUUGCAGGCUUGAAAACAAAUCCACCGUCGUGCCGCCUCUCGCGAAGGCCAUCGGCCGUCUCCAGCGGGCAGAGGGGACCGAGCUCGGAGCUCCCGAGGCAACUGGGGAGGUGGGCAAAGCGGCCUUCGGAUCGGAGACAGACAAGGCCUCGCCAGCAGAAAAAGUAUCCUCCAUCAGCCGAAGUUCGGGGCACCGCUCCCCGGCGGACGCCCUCGAGCGUCGGCAGGAGACAGGGGUGGUCACCGGCGAAGAGAAGACAACAGUUGCGGCUGUCAGUACCCGGCGACUUGGGAAGAAGGCGAAAACGCCCUCAGGAUCUGAGGACGAGACACAGAGACAGCAACGAGGGAGACGCGCGCGGGAUGAGAAUCCUGCGUCACCUGGCCUCGAGGAUAUCGCACAGGCAGCUGCCACUCCAGCAAGCGACUCGAAUGAUAAGGGGAAAGGGAAGGCAAACGUUUUUCCAGAAGGUCUCAUGCAUUCGCUUGUCAAUCCGCGGUUCACGACCCAUGCCUCCAUGAUUGGAAGCCGUUCGGCCGCGGACGGCUUCAAGGUGACCCCGUUGAGUCCCGCGUUGGACUCCUGGAGCCCGAUCAGCGAUGGUCUUGAGGAGCGAGGCGACGCCGACCUCUUCGCGCCGUUCCACCAAGGCGCGAGUUCCCUUUCGGCCACAGCUCUCGAGACUCACCGGCCGUUGCCUCCCUCGCUGCUGGGCCUGCAGACCUGCGUGGGCCGCGCGGAUUCGAGACCUGAUGCGCGGUCGACGGAGCAGCAGGGAUCCACAAGGCGCCUCGCCUCCGUUCUCUUUGAGGAGACUUCUCUGCGGGAUACGUCUAGCGUGUCAGAAGAGCUUCGGACCUUCCUUGAGGCUACGAGGGCUCUAGAGGAAGAGAUCCCCAUUCCUGGCGACGGUGCAGACAGUUCGCCCAGCUCCAGUUCGUCGAGACCGUCUCUGCGCUGGUCCUCACUCGGUUUCCAAGAGGAAGCAUGCACCUUGGAGAAGCACAGUCGAAGCCACAGCGAAGCAGAAGACAACGGUGGCCUCAUGGCUUCUGACGAGUGUUCUCUUCCGCGGCAGUCUGGGGAAACCGACGGGGGUUCGACUGCUUCAUUCGAGACGAAUGCCCAGUCCGCGGAAGGCGAAGGGAGGCGCGACCAGAAUCUCCACAACUCGAGCCAAGGCUCGUCCAUGCAGAGGCACUCCGGGACCCAGACUGUUGCAGGAGCUGCUCUGCAGAGAAUUGCACUGCGCGUGAGAGCAGAGGAAGCUGCGUCUCGGGAGCGCGAGCGGAAGGCGAAGGAAAAACAGUCCCCAACACAGGUCAGUGCCCCCGUUUCGUCCACGAUCGCUUCGUCGGCCUCACACACCGCCGGCGUUCCGAUGCCCAAGCCUAGAUCCGGAUUUGAAGCGCAUCCAUUGGCGGGGGGGUCGAACUGCUUUGCGGCGAAAGCAGCUUCAGCGCUCUCUCAGCCACUGCCAGCAAGUCGCGUCCCCGUCGCAUCCCUGGGGGACCAACAGACGCGCGUCCAGGGUCUGCCUCGCCAGCAAACCUCCGCUCUGGACGCGGCGAGGACGCGCGCAUCUCCGCAGUUUUCUCAGGGAGUGGACGGGGAAGGCAGGGCAUCCGAGGCGCCACGGUCCGUGCUGUGCGUCGGACCGGCGCAAGGGGUUUCCGCUGGAGGCGUUAGAGAGUCAGUGGACAACCGGCGAAAUUUGGAAAGAAUCAGUCACGGAUUCCAGGUCGGUAACCCACUAAUAGGAUCGGUGUCUCUUGCCCCCCCACCGAGGUACCUGAGUAUCGGAAGAGACUGCGUUGUGCCAGGAGCUGAGUCGUCUCUUCUCACUCAUGGUCUUGCUCCACCACGCACGACUCUGAGGCAGCCUUCGGGGGCGACCUUGCCCCUGAGAGCCUUUGCGCCCGCGGUGUCUCCGCUCUCGGGAGUUUCGGUUGCUGUGCGCCAAACCGACAGAGCGUCGAGUCCCCCGCUGACGCGGCCUGGGUACCCGCUGCAUGCGCCGCCGGAGAGGGCGUCGCUGCAGGCCGGCUGCGUGGGCACAGCUGGACGCCUGGGAGGCCUCGGCACCCGCUUCGCGGCUGUCCAAGCGUCUCCAGCGCUGGCGCCGGCAGCGCCUGUCGCCUCAGUGUCUGCCUUUCCCCCUGUCUCGGUCUCGCUUUCUGGCGGUUUGGGGUCUGGGCGCUUCGGGUAUGAUUGCAUGCGCGACACCGCCUCGAGUCCUCCUCCCUUGAGCGCCGAAGAGAGUUUCCCUCCUCUCGUUCCGAUUUCUCUCCCACCGCGAACUCUGCAGCCGAAGCAGCUGUCAGCUGUCGUCGGGACCCACCGACGCCCGCUCGAGAAAAGCGAAGGCCGCGCGACAGCACCGUGGCGUGUGUGGGGUGCCAGACCUGCAGAGACGGAGAAGCAGCGGGGCGUCUUCACGGACGCAGUGCCUGCCCGACAGACCGUCGCUUCGAGAUCCUCUGGCGCCUCAGUCGCUGAGAGCGGGAGGACAGGACCGACUGAGACGGAGCGGACGCAAGCGGGGGAGGGGACUCAGGGCAGAGAGCUGCCUUCCUGGGUCUCGCCUCCCUGCUUGGUUAAGAACCAUCUGUUCGCAGAAAGGGACAACGGCCUGUCUUCAGUCUCCGGGAUGGUGUAUGCACCGACCGGAAAUUCUCAAGGAUCCAACGACGAGCGAGAGGCAAAGAAGACACGACAAACGAAUGAGAUAAGAGGAUAUUCAUGAAAGACCGAAGGCGAAGACAAAUCUCUGUCAACGGCGAAUUCAAGCUCUCUUGUCUCUCGUUCGCCACUCAGUCAUUUUUCAUCGACCGAGACGAGACAGGCCAGCCGCCUUUCUUUGGGGUCUCCCUCCCGCAUUCCUGCCUCGGAGUCUCCUCGUCGACAUCUUCUGCCGAGAAGAAGUCGUUUUUGAUUCGCACGCAAAUCCUGCGUGAGCGCGCGGAUGCGAGGCCGGAGUGCCCCUCGGUGUGUUUGAGAAGUGAGUGCGAGAUUCGCUAACAGUUCUCGCUCUAGGAAUGUAAGCGCGUUUUUUCGCAAAAGCUUCUGCUGCACGCACGACGUUUUUCAGUGUCCCUGCGUUUCGGUCUGUUUCAAGGACCUGUCUCUCCACGUAUUCAAACACUCUCGCAUGCCAACGCGUGAGAGUCCCGCCGAAAGAAAGAUCUCGCAUUCGAGCUCCCGCCUGAAGAGUCGCCUCUGUUUUUCUGUUUGUGGCGAGGAGCGGCGCUAAGCUCCCCCAGGAGCUCAUUUUUCCUCGAAAAACGAAGCAGAGUAAACAAUCGAAACUAGAGGGACGCGAGGUCGGCAUAGAGAAUGCCACUGCAACCGAAGCAAAAGACGAGAGGCCAGAGAGACGCAGAAAAAAAAACAAGAGCGACAUGGGUACCGGACUCAGAGCGCGAGUGACAUGGUUUUUCGGUGUAGCAAGACAGCAGAGAAACGCGUUUUCAAGAGAUUACGAAAACGGAGGGGAAAAAUAGAGGUCCAGUGAUGAUGUCUUUCAUGGUGUCCUUUCCUUUAAAACGCCCAGCAGCUCAGACUCUUGUCCUCCGGUGAAAAUAAUUCGCAGAAAAUUAAACUGGAGCGAAUCCUUCUCACUCUAUGCAUUCUCACCGUCGAC